AUGACUUCAUUCGUGCUUCUGCUGGCGUUCCCGCCCUCAGCGAGCGCCCUCCUGUCGGUCAAGCCGAUCACGAGUGACGCGGGCUACCACUCGCUGCGUGAGGCCACACGAAGCACGGGACGCAUCGCCAUCGUCGAGUUCUCCUCAGAGACGUGCGCUGCCUGCAAGAUUGCCCGGCCGCUCUUCGAGCGGAUGGCGGCAAUGUACGAAGAGGUAGAGUGGCACGAGCAGCUCUACGAGAGCAGCACAAAGGCGCACUUCAAGUCGUGCGGCAUCGCCUUUCUCCCACACGUCCACAUCAUUCAAGACGGCGUGGCCAUCGAGUCCUUCUCAUGUCCACCGUCAAAGCUGUACGGUCGAAUCGGAUCCAAGUUGCACAGUCUCGUGGCACCUCUCAGGCCGCACAGAGGCUGGCUCAACGGCCGGCGGUGGCACAGCUGGAGGAUCGGCAGGAGACUUGAUCAGGAGUGAGAGAGUGGCUUUGGAGAGAUUGGUGUCAUCGCGGUAAAAUCUAUGACACUCGGCCGUGCUCUGCACGUGCGUGUCAGCUCUGCUCUGCGCGUCCGCUCGUUCGUCCGAGAAACUCUCGCCUCUGCCGGUCCUCGGGGAGAAACCAUGGGAGAUUUUUCCUUUUG